AUGGUAUCUGUCCUGCACAGCAUCUCCACCAUUAUAAUAAUCGCAGAGUUCGUUUGGGGAAAUUUAAGCAAUGGUUUGAUAGUACUGAAGAACUGUCUUGAUUGGAUCAAUAUAAAAGAGCUCUCCACACUUGAUCAGAUACUCAUUCUCUUGGCAAUUUCCAGAAUUAGUCUCAUCUGGGAGACAUUACUCAUGUGGGUUAAAGAUAAACUAAUUUCAUCUAUUACCAUCGAAGAAUUGAAAAUGAUUAUGUUCAGUUUUAUGCUAUCUAGCCACUUCAGUCUCUGGCUUGCUACAGCUCUAAGCACCUUCUAUUUAUUCAGAAUAGCUAACUGCUCUUGGCAGAUCUUUCUCUACUUAAAAUGGAGACUAAAACAUCUGAUCGUGCAGAUGCUACUGGGAAGCGUGAUGUUCUUGAUUGCAAAUAUAAUACAAAUAACCAUCACUCUUGAAAAGAGGUUCUAUCAAUAUAAAGGAAACACAAGUGUGAAUUCCAUACAGAAUGAGUUUGCACUUUUGAUAGAGAUGAUGUUAUUUAACAUGACUAUAUUUUCUGUGAUACCAUUUUUAUUGGCCCUGAUUUCUUUUUUUCUGCUAAUCUUCUCUUUAUGGAAACAUCUCCAGAGGAUGCAGCUCAAUUCCAGAGAAGAUAGAGACCCUAGUACCAAGGCUCACAGGAAUGCCUUAGGAAUUAUGGUCUCUUUCCUCUUGCUCUAUACUAUGUAUGUCCUCUCUCUUCUUAUAUCCUGGAUUGCUCAGAAGAAUCAAAGUGAACUGGUUCACAUUAUUUGUAUGAUAACUUCACUCUUGAAUCCUUCAGUCCACUCAUCUAUCCUGAUUCUGGGUAAUUUUAAAUUAAAACAGAGUUCUCUUUGUAUACUGAGGCACCUGGGAUGUAGGCUGAAAUCACAGAAUACACCAACUACAUAA